AUGACACACCAUUUGAGCGGAUACCUGCAGAUAUCUGUCGCUCACGCAUGUACGACAGACUCGGAACCUGGAAGCAUGCGAAUCCGUCUGCCUGCCAAUCAUGGGAUGUACGGACGGGUACUUGCAGCAAGCGACAUGAUGCGAUACUGGAGGCUACCACGAGAGGACUUUGUACGACAGCAAAACUGGAAGCGAGAAAUUGGCGGUGCGCACAAUCAAAUCGACGAAUUCAAGACCAGAAAAAUCGACAAGAGAAACGAUGGAAUAAGUCGGGAAAGGCUUAUCUUGAAAGACAGACACACAAGAGAGGAAUAUCCGAGCAGAUCAGUGCAACUUACGAAGUCUCCCCAUCCGUCAAACUCAAAUCAAAAUUAA